AUGUCUGACACAAACUCAAAGACUCCUAUUGAAGAACCAUCCACUAAGGAAAGAAGGAAGAUUGAAAUCAAGUUCAUUGAAAAUAAAACAAGACGUCAUGUCACUUUCUCUAAGAGAAAACAUGGUAUAAUGAAAAAAGCAUUUGAAUUAUCUGUAUUGACAGGUACCCAAGUACUAUUAUUAGUCGUUUCAGAAACUGGAUUGGUUUACACUUUUAGUACACCGAAAUUUGAACCAAUAGUUACUCAACAAGAAGGUAGAAACUUGAUUCAAGCAUGUUUAAAUGUACCAGAUGAAGAAGAGGAGGAGGAGGAAGAUGAAGACCCAGAGAAUGAAGGCACGAAUGGAAUGGAUACAAGAUCGGGAAUAAUAUCGCCAGAUACAGAUAAUAUACAUCCUGACGCAAAUGUCACAUAUUCGAAUGAAGCUCCACAAGCCCAUUUGGAUCCUGAAACGUAUUCUGUACCAGCGAAUCAACAACCACAAUUCCACGAUAAUAGGUCAAAUGAUGUUAAUAAUCAGAAUACAUAUCGAUAUUACCAAGAAAGUCAACAACAUCACCAACAGCCACCGUUCUGA